CAUUUUUUUUUAUUUAAUCAAUUUGAAUAAAAUUAUACUACAUUAUUAGAUUUAUAACCAGACAAGAACGGACCAAUAACUAAAAUCAUACUUUGUGGUUCGUAGUUAGUUUUAGGUUUUCCUUAGCUCGAGAUCGACUCAGCUCAAUUAACACCCCUGCUUCGUCUUUUUAUUAUUUUUUUAUUUCCGUAAUUAGGAGGCCGUUUCCCUUAAUUGCAAAUUGCUUUUUUUAUUUUUUUAUUAUUAGUGGGGUUUAGGGUUUUUCAUUAUUUGUAAAAACUUCAAAACAUUGGGUCUCGCUCAUACUCCAAACUAACCUGCCAUUUUCGCUCAUUCGUCGGAAAAUUGCUAUUGAACGUUGAUCCGACUUCUGUUGAUUUUCUUUGACUCUGAGUUGAUUAUUUGAGACGAGCUAAUGGAAGUUGAUUCAAAGAUGCAUGAUUCAGCUUCUGAAGAUGCCUCGGCAACAACGUCUUCUUCAACGGAAAAGGGCAAAGAAAAUGAUGAAAUGAUGCAGUCACUGGAGAAACUGCAGAUUGAUGAAUCAUCGUCGUCCGAAUUCAAGAGAAAGCCUGUUGUUAUUAUUGUUGUUGGAAUGGCAGGGAGUGGAAAGACGACAUUUAUGCGUCAACUGGUUCAACAUACACAUACUUCAAACCGUCGUGGUUAUGUGAUUAAUCUCGAUCCAGCUGUUAUGACCCUCCCAUUUGGGGCAAAUAUCGAUAUAAGAGACACUGUCAAGUACAAGGAAGUUAUGAAGCAGUUCAACUUAGGUCCUAAUGGAGGAAUUUUAACUUCACUGAAUCUGUUUGCUACCAAGUUUGAUGAGGUUAUAUCAGUUGUUGAGCGUAGAGCUGACCAGCUUGAUUAUGUGCUGGUGGACACACCUGGGCAGAUUGAGAUAUUUACUUGGUCCGCCUCUGGAGCCAUAAUUACGGAAGCCUUUGCGUCUACUUUUCCUACUGUGAUUGCUUAUGUAGUUGAUACCCCUCGCUCUUCAAACCCAACCACAUUCAUGAGUAAUAUGCUAUACGCUUGUAGCAUUCUUUACAAGACACGGCUGCCUCUCAUAUUGGCAUUUAACAAGACUGAUGUAGCUCAACACCAGUUUGCUUUGGAGUGGAUGGAAGAUUUUGAGGUGUUUCAUGCAGCCCUUGAGUCUGAUGAGUCCUACACUUCGACCUUGACUCGAAGCCUAUCUCUUGUACUUGAUGAAUUUUAUAAAAAUCUAAGAUCAGCUGGAGUUUCUGCACUUACUGGUGCUGGGAUGAAUGAGUUCUUCAAGGCUGUUGAUGAUAGUGCUGAAGAAUUCAUGGAGACUUACAAGGCUGAUCUUGAUAAGAGGAAGGCAGAGAAGCAACGGUUGGAGGAAGAUAGGCGGCGAGAGAACAUGGAGAAGCUUAGGAGCGAUAUGCAGAAGACUAAAGGAGAAACCGUGGUUUUGAGCACUGGUAUGAAGGACAAAGAGUCUGGCAGCAAGAGCAUGUUGGAGGAGGAGGAAGAAGACGAAGAUGAAUAUGAGAGGUCUAGCGAGGAGGAAGAAGCUAUGAUAGAUGAUGAAGAUGAAGACGAAGACGAAGAAACCGGGUUUUCUUUUUGACAUAAUCAUGAGCCAGAAAUCUCUUUUACCAAGGGGAUGGGAUCUGAGGGAGAGAGAUGGUAGCUUUUCGGUCUUGCUGUGCCUAUAUGCUUUGCUCAAAUACUCCUAUACAUUGUCUAAUUUGUUGGGAAUUGAUUAAUAGCCAUGGUCUGUACAUAAAGAAUAUCUGACACUGCUGGAUUGCCGAAACUCUAAUAUCUCCAUUAUUUUGUAACUGAAUGGAGUUAUCGAAUUGACUAUUGGAACUUCACCUAGUUCUAUAUAUCAUCAUGAUGUUUUCUUAUA